AUGGCUUCCUUCGAGGAUUACGAUGAAUUUGGAAAUUAUAUUGGCGCGGACCUAGAUUCAGACGAUGAGGAGGACGUCCCCCAGCAACAGUUCGACGACGAACCACAACAAAAUGCCCCUCUGGAAGGUUAUGACGACAGCGAAACAAAUGAGGGGGAUAACAUGGCCCUUAUGCAGGUUGACGAACCUUCCCAUAGAGCUGUUGUGCUUCACGAAGAGAAGCAAUACUACCCUUCAGCCCAAGAUGUUUACGGUCCUGGAGUGGAAACAAUGGUUCAGGAAGAAGAUGCGCAACCUCUUUCGGAACCCAUCAUCGCCCCCGUUAAGGACAGGAAAUGGACUGUAGUUGAGAAAGGCAUGCCUGAGACGCGUUUUGAUAAAGGGUUUCUUCUGGACAUGACCCGCUUCCCAGAGAUGAUUCGAAACGUUGCUGUUGUUGGCCAUCUUCACCACGGAAAAACAGCUCUUAUGGAUAUGCUAGUGUAUGAAACGCACAAGCUUGUUUGGGAUGCAGAUAAGCCUACCCGCUACACAGACACUCAUAUCUUGUCGCGCGAGCGUGAAAUAUCAAUAAAAUCGUCUCCGAUGUCUCUUGUCCUUUCAACAACAGCCGGAAAGUCGCAUCUUAUUCAUUUUAUUGACACACCUGGUCACAUCAACUUUGUUGACGAAGUUGCUUCCGCUAUGCGCUUGGUAGACGGAAUUUUGUUGGUGGUUGAUGUGGUUGAAGGGUUGAUGGUUGGGACAGAGUUCAUAAUUCGACAUGCUCUCCAAGAAAAAGUCAAAAUCACUCUAGUUGUGAACAAAAUUGACAGAUUAAUUUUGGAACUUCGGAUAAAGCCAGCUGAUGCUUAUUAUAAAAUCAAACACACGAUUGAAGAGAUUAACACCUUUAUCAGCUCCAUUGAUCCAAAUCCAGACCUGAGGCUUAGCCCUGAAAAUGGAAACGUAGCAUUUGCAAGCACUGACAUGAACUGGUGUUUUACGUUGCGCUCCUUUGCUCAGAUGUACGCGGACACGUAUGGUUCGUUGGACAUCAGGUCAUUCGCCGAUCGACUUUGGGGAGACAUCUACUUCAACGAGGAUACCCGCAAAUUUACGCGAAAACAAGCUGAUCCGGAAAGUGAACGCACUUUUGUGCAUUUCAUUCUCAAUCCUCUGUACAAGCUUUAUAGCCAUGUACUCAGCGAGGAAACGGACGAUUUGCGAAACACUUUAGAAGGUUUAGGUAUCCAGUUGAAGCCUGUCAUGUAUAAGAUGGACGUCAGGCCUCUGCUCAAAGCUGUUCUUGAUCAGUUUUUUGGAAAAGCAACUGGCCUUGUGGACAUCAUUGUAGAACACAUUCCUUCACCCGUAGAAGGAGCCACCGGCAAGGUCGAAUCGACCUACUUGGGAUCGCAUACAGGAGAACUUGCUGCAUCGAUGAAGUCUUGCGACUCCGAGGGCCCAGUCGUUGUCCAGAUCUCGAAACUUUACCACACUACAGAUGCUCAGUCAUUCAGAUCCUUUGGACGUGUAAUUAGCGGGACAUUGCGCAAAGGAAUGAACAUCAAGGUACUAGGAGAGGGAUACUCUCCUGAAGAUGAAGAAGAUAUGAUGAAAGCUACCGUUGAUGACCUUUGGAUCAGCGAAUCACGUUAUUUUAUUCCAGCAGAAGAGAUUCCUGCCGGAAAUCUUGUCCUGAUCGGAGGUGUAGACGCAUCCAUAUCCAAAACAGCAACGCUGGCCGGUAUUGACAUUGAGGAAGAGCUCAACAUCUUCCGCCCCAUCAGACACAUGACACAAUCUGUUCUCAAAAUUGCCAUUGAACCCAUUGCGCCGUCAGAAUUACCAAAGAUGUUAGCCGGUCUACGAAGUAUCAACAAAUCCUAUCCGUUGGUGUCCACCAAGGUUGAAGAGAGCGGAGAACACGUCCUCAUCGGAACAGGAGAGCUUUAUCUCGACUGCGUGAUGCACGACCUUCGGAGAUUAUUUUCGGAAAUUGAGAUCAAGGUCUCAGAUCCUGUAACAAAAUUCUGCGAAACUGUUCUUGAGACCAGUGCACUGAAAUGUUACGCCGACACUCCCAAUAAAAAGAAUAAGCUCACAAUGAUCGCCGAACCACUUGAGCGCGGAAUCGCGGAAGACAUUGAAAGGGGUCGCGUUAAUAUGCGUAUGACGGCUAAGGAAAGAGGUGGCUUUUUCCAAGAGAAGUAUCAAUGGGAUCUUCUGGCAUCUCGAUCAAUAUGGGCAUUUGGUCCUGAUGAGAAUGGGCCCAACGUACUUUUGGAUGAUACUCUGCCAUCUCAGGUAGAUAAAAAACUUCUGGGAACAGUUAAAGAGCAUAUCAAACAAGGCUUCCAAUGGGGUGCUCGUGAAGGUCCACUUUGCGAUGAGCCCAUGCGAAAUGUCAAAUUCCGCAUCCUUGACGCAGGCCUAGCGCAAGAGCCAAUUUUCCGUGGUGGCGGUCAAAUUGUUCCCACUGCUCGCCGUGUUUGUUAUUCAUCUUUCCUGAUGGCAACACCGAGACUGAUGGAACCAGUGUACUACGUGGAAGUGCAGGCUCCUGCAGACUGUAUAUCGGCUGUGUAUACAGUGCUCGCCCGCCGUCGUGGUCAUGUUACACAAGACAUACCAAAAGCCGGAUCCCCGCUAUAUACUGUCAAAGCACUUAUUCCGGUGAUAGACGCUAAUGGCUUUGAAACAGAUCUUCGGACAGCGACGCAGGGGCAAGCCUUCUGUUUACAAGUAUUCGACCAUUGGUCAAUUGUCCCGGGUGAUCCCACGGACUCGAGUAUCAAGCUCAGGCCACUGGAACCCGCUUCGGGACAGGCAUUAGCCAGAGACCUUGUAUUAAAGACCCGCCGAAGAAAAGGACUCGGGGACCAGAUUGCAGUGUCCAAAUAUUUGGAUGAUGAGUUUGUGGUAUGCAUCGUAGCGCUUUCUUUACUGGCCAUUGUCGCUACUGGCGCAUUGGCCCAGUCGGACGACAUCCCAAAACCCAAUUUCACACCCACUGAAAUCAAGGCCCCCUUCGUCGAGCAAUUCACAGAAGACUGGUCAGAGCGAUGGACGCCGUCGGAAGCGACCAAGAAGACUCCAGUCGGUGGCGAGACCUUCAGCUACGUCGGCAAAUGGGAGGUUGAAGACCCUGCCAUUUCCGCCAUUGAGGGAGACAAGGGUCUCGUCGCCAAGAGCAAAGCGGCCCACCACGCCAUCUCUGCCCCCUUCUCCUCGCCCGUUGACUUCAAGGACAAACCCCUCGUGGUUCAAUACGAAGUCAAAUACCAGAAGGGAGGCAAUUGCGGAGGUGGUUAUGUCAAGCUCCUGGAGGAUGGCUUCCAAACCAGUGGAAAGGAGUUCUCUGACACUACGCCCUGGGUGGUAAUGUUCGGUCCCGAUCUUACUUGCCCUGGAACCAAGGUUCAUUUCAUCUUCCGUCACAAGAGCCCUAAGACGGGCGUCACCGAAGAGAAACACCUUCGCAUCGCGCCUCACCCCACUAUUGAGAAACUCACUAAUUUGUAUACCCUCAUCAUUAACCCCGACAAUACCUAUGAGGUUCUUAUCAACGGAGAGAGCGAGAAGAAGGGCAGUCUUCUUGAAGACUUUGAGCCACCUGUCAACCCUCCCAAAGAGAUUGACGAUGCUGAAGAUUUCAAGCCUGCCGACUGGGUUGACGAGGCUACCAUCGCGGAUCCCGACGCCAAGAAGCCAGAAGACUGGGAUGAGGAUGCUCCCUUUGAGAUUGUCGACGAAGAAGCCAUUAAGCCUGAAGGAUGGCUCGAUGACGAGCCUUUGACUAUCCCUGACCCCGACGCCACCAAGCCUGAAGAGUGGGAUGAUGAAGAAGAUGGUGACUGGAUUGCCCCCACUGUUCCUAACCCUAAGUGCUCUGAUGCUCCUGGUUGUGGGGAAUGGAAGCGCCCCUUCAAGUCCAAUCCCGCUUACAAGGGCAAAUGGUCUGCUCCUCAGAUCCCCAACCCUGCAUACAAGGGCCCUUGGGCUCCUCGUAAAAUUCCCAACCCCGACUACUUCGAAGACCUCACCCCUGUUAAAUCUCUUUCCAAGAUUGGCGGUGUUGGUAUCGAGCUCUGGACGAUGACCGAAGACAUUCUUUUCGACAACAUCUAUGUUGGACACUCGGCUGAAGAUGCAAAGGCUUUUGCAGCUGAAACUUUCGAAGUCAAGAAGCCAAUUGAAGUCGCUCUUGAUAAGCCUGUCACCGUCGACGACGAUGAAGAAGAGUCGAUCUCUUUCAAGGAAGACCCUGUCAGCUUCAUCCGCACCCGUGUCAUCGCAUUCGUUGAAGCUGCUAAGCUCGACCCCGUCUCGGCAUUCAAGUCUCAACCUGAGACUGGCGCCGCUAUUGUCGGUGCCCUUUUCACGCUCUUUGGUAUGCUCAGUGCCUUGGUUGGCAUCAUUGGCGGUGCUCAGAAACCUGUGGUCACUAAGUCUACGAAGAAAACCGAAUCUUCCGACGAGAAGAAAAAAGACGCUGCCCCCGUAUCAUCAGCAGUUGACAAGAAAGAUGAUGGCUUGAAGAAGCGCAAAUGA